CCGCAACUCAUCACUGCUAUAUACCUUUAUGCUUAAUUACCUUUCAGAUCCCAAUUCAUCGAAAACCAGAAAAAUUCCCAACUCUCUUUUUGUGCUCUAAACCCUAGCUAAGGAAAAUUAUAUAUGCGCCACUUUAAUCUGUAGAUCUAGCAGCAUGCUAUGCUAGAUUGAUUGGCUGGCAAGUGAUGAUCACUUAAUUUAGUUUCAUCUUCAAUUCUUCAAUUUCUGAACUAGCUAAGAUCGAGCUAGCUACAUAGGUAUGCAUCCAUUUUCUCGACCAUCAUCUUCUUUUUCCUACGGCGGCGUUUGGUUAGGAGGUCGAGGAAGAGGAGGAGGGGAUAGGGAAGAGGUAAUUAUGAAGAUGGUUAUCGAUUCUUCGACAUGUGAUGAUGCUAGUGAAGUGAAUGACACGGCGGGUGUUGAGGGUAGUAGCGGCGGGGGCGGGGUGGCGAUCGAGAAGGAACACAUGUUUGAUAAGGUGGUGACGCCGAGCGAUGUCGGGAAGCUGAAUAGGCUGGUGAUUCCCAAGCAGCACGCCGAGAAGUAUUUCCCGCUAGACUCCUCCAGCAACGAUAAGGGGCUUCUGCUCAACUUCGAGGAUCGGAACGGCAAGCCGUGGCGGUUCCGGUACUCUUAUUGGAACAGCAGCCAAAGCUAUGUGAUGACGAAAGGCUGGAGCCGGUUCGUCAAGGAGAAGAAGCUCGACGCGGGCGACGUCGUUUCUUUCCAGCGCGGCGCCUCCGAGUCCGUCAAAAAUCGGCUUUUCAUCAACUGGAGGCGCCGUCUUGAUUAUCGGUACUCCUCCAACAACCUUCAUCAUCACCGCCACCAUCAUCUCACCCCGAUGGUGUCCUUCCCACACCACCUAUCCCCCCUCCAGCGCUCUGCCAUUCAUAAUCAACACCACUACCCCGCUGCCGCUGCAGCAGCGGCGGCUUGGAACGCUCGCGCUUUGUUCACCCCGCUGCAACCGUCGUACGGCUGCACCAGUUAUGGAUUCCGCGGGAACAGCACCACCGCCCACGAUUCUUUGAUAUCCAGCGGAGUUAGCGGUCCGAUCGGCGGUGAUGUGGUGGUGAAUGAAAACCCUUGCUCGGGAGUAUCAUCAUCAGGGAUUUAUUUUAGGCCAAUAAUCACCGCCGCGAACCAACAAGAAAUGAUGCAAAGAAUAGGAGGUUGUGGUGGUGAUGGGGUGGUGUUUGAGUCGGUGCCGGUGGUCCAAGGAAAGGCGGCAGCAAAGCGGCUGAGGCUGUUCGGAGUGAACAUGGACUGCCCUAUUUCGGACGACUCUUCCUCCGCCGCCACUUCCCCCAAUUCCAACACCACAUCAACAACCACAGUUCCUGCAACUUCCCUUCAAUUAUGGCCUUGCGGAGGCAGCUACGACGGCGAUGACACUCAAGAACUGCAAACUGAUGAUAAUAAUAAGCCCCACAAGUCGCCGUCCUCGGCCUCCAUGUCCCUAGAUUUGGAUAUCUCAUCGACCUGAUGAUAAUUAUAUUUGUGACAUUUCCUUUAUUAUUACAAAUAUUAUUAUAAUUAUUACAAUUAUAUAAAUUCGUGUAUAAAUUGAAGCAGUAUAAUUAUUACUCGGUAUUAUAAUUAUAUAAUACCACUCAAUAUACAGUAAAAUUUGUUUAAUUUCAUCAUAUUAAUGGAUGUCAAUUUUCCAUUUUUUCUUCUA